AAUAAAUAAAUAAAAAAGUUUUGAGUGCGCUCUUUAGAUAUGCCGUUGUUAAUCUAGAGUUGUUGCAGAUGAAUUUUCGACUCCUUCUCAUGGUAAUCGGAAAGUGCGCCAUGGUUUCCAUACAGAGGGGCUUACAGUGGCCAGGUUUAAAACAAGGGAAGAUAUUAUGAUCCAAGGGCUGGAAUGUUUUACUCUGGGUUUUAUUGAAUUUCGAAUUAUCCGCCGUCAACAUCCUCGCAAUGGCAAACAGUUAUGAAAUGAGACUCAUACUUUGGGCAUUCGGGCUUUUGAUGUGCUCUGGGAUGUCAAAUUCUCUAUAUACAAUUCCCCUCAGGAUUUUUACUGGAAAGUUCAAUUCUUCCGUGGAUUUAGACUUAAGCCAUUUUAAAAAAAUAAAUACCACCGUAAACGGCCUUUCUCUGGCUACUGAUCCAACCGGACAAGUGAACUUUUUGGACAUGAUCAAUAAUCUAAAAGGAGACUCAGGUAGAGGGUAUUACCUGGAGAUGAUGAUAGGGACUCCACCUCAAAAGCUGAACAUCCUGGUGGACACAGGAAGCAGUAACUUUGCAGUUGCGGCGGCCCCUCACCCUUACAUCACACACUACUUCAGCAGAGACCUGUCCAGCACAUACAUGUCCACUGGGAGGGGAGUGACAGUCCGGUACACGCAGGGGAACUGGGCUGGGGAACUGGGCCGGGACCAAAUCACUAUCCCCAAUGGACCCAAUGCUACCAUAACUAUCAACGUCGCUGCCAUUCUCACCUCAGAAGGCUUCUUCCUGCCCGGGAUCAACUGGCAGGGCAUUCUGGGAAUGGCGUAUUCCGUGCUGGCACGGCCAGACAGCUCGGUGGAGCCAUUCUUCAGGUCACUGGUGCGGCAGACGGGCCUCCCAGAUGUGUUCUCGCUCCAGAUGUGCGGUGCUGGGACGCCAGCCAGCAGCGUCUCGGCUGACCCUGCUGGGGGCAGUCUUAUCCUGGGUGGCAUCGAACCAACUCUGUACAAGGGGUCGGUUUGGUACACCCCCAUAAAGGAAGAGUGGUACUACCAAGUGGAGAUCCUGAAGCUGGAGGUGGGGGAGCAAAACCUUAAUCUGGACUGUAAGGAGUACAAUGCCGACAAAGCCAUUGUGGACAGUGGCACCACUCUUCUGCGGCUCCCAGAGAAUGUGUUUGGCGCCCUCGUGGAGGCCAUCAUCCGCACGUCCCUGAUCCAGGACUUCUCUGAAGGCUUCUGGCUGGGGACCAAGCUGGCCUGCUGGGUCAAAGGAGAGACACCCUUCCGACUGUUCCCCAAAAUCUCCAUCUACCUGAGGGCAACAAACGCCAGCCAGUCCUUCCGCAUCACCAUCCUGCCUCAGCUCUACAUUCAGCCAAUCACAGACAUUGACGACGCCCUGGACUGCUACCGCUUUGGCGUGUCCUCGUCCUCCAACGGGCUGGUGAUUGGUGCCACCGUGAUGGAGGGCUUCUACGUCAUCUUUGACCGUGCCCAGAAGAGGGUCGGCUUCGCCGUGAGCACCUGUGCAGAGAGCAGAGGGGCCCCAUUGUCAGCGAUUGAUGGCCCAUUUGCAGCGUUGGACGUGGCGGCGGACUGCGCAGGUGUGCCGGCACUGAGGGAGCCAUGGCUGUGGGCUCUGUCCUAUGCGCUGAUGGGUGCCUGUGCCUUGGUGUUGCUCAUUCUGCUGCUGCUGUUGGCCUUCCCUUGCCGCUGCCGCCACAGUGCCAGCCCCUGGGAGAUCACUGAUGAGUCCUCGCUCGUCCACAACCGUAUCAAGUGAGAGGGCUUAGGGGGUGUGACCCAAGCGAGUGGCGGACUCUGCACUGAAGAGGAACCUCCGACUUACUGCACAAGGAUCUCUCUCAUCUUUCCUCUCUUUCAGCGUACUGUCCUGUAACUUAUAUCCUGUCUGACCAUGCUACACCCUGCAUUACACCUCUUUAUCUCCACUCUGACACCUAUUAAAACUCAAAAAUUCUUUAAAACUUAGAAACUUUAGUGGAAAGAAAACAAUGUCCAAAACCAGGCACUUUUUCUCCACCCUCGUUCUUCCUGAGGCCUCUGAAAGCUGCCGCAGACGCAAUGCAAUACAGGGCGAUAGACAUUUCUUUUCAUGCGUUCAGAGAGUUCCCCCCGGAAAGCCUCUGUUCCAGCAGGACACAUUCACGGUUGCCAUGGGUGUUCUUCCUCAUGCGUGACUACGAGGUGGCAGAGGAUUUGGGGAAGGCACAUCGCCCCACACAGUGCAGGAAUGCGCUCUUUACAGGAGCAGGCUACCUUUGCAUCUUUAAUCACAGGUGUCUCUGAAUGCAGACCACAACGGUGUCAGACCAUCCCUUUCAGGCUUUCCCGAUUGCAUUAUUCUGAUUACCCUGUGUUUUAUUUAUCCAAAGGACAGGUAACGGGCUGUGUAUGUUUUCACCUACAUGAUCAAUCAUUUUCUCUUUAUUAAAUCUGUUGCACUACAAAACAAUGGAGGAUUGAACUGGUCUGGAGAAAUGAGUAAAUGUCACCAUGGAAGUCACAAUAUGAAGGAAGCAUGUCGUUAUGAAGGAAGGAAUCUUGCAUUUCUCCUUUAAAAUACGCCUACAAUGUUGUACAGUUUGGUCAUGCUGAUAACACUGCAGGCAGCUAUUGUGAGAGAGAAAAAAAGACUUGCACAUAGUGAAUUACAAAUGUCAGUACAUAAAUAAUAUAGUUCUGUAAUGUUUGAUGUUAAUCAUUUUGCUCUCAGUGUGCCAGAAGGAGCAGACCUAAAUCCAUACCUGAAAUUUUCAGAAAUGCAAAUCAUUUUGAGCAGGGUUACUUAAGCACAAAUUCAUAAGCACUCCUUUAAAGCACCAAUUUAAGUGACCACCAAUAUUCCUGAUUUUUUUAUGCUGAUUAAAAAAAAAAA